AGAGGAGGAGGAGGAGGAUGGUCCUGCUGUCAAACACAGAUGAAAAUACAGCAGCAGGUUUCAGGAGGGCAGCGCCGUUAGAUAAUCGCAUUUAUUCUCUCCUCGGCAGCGGCGGGGACCAAUGGACGCGCAGCGACGCGCCGAGGGGGAAGAAAUCAGAGUAAUUUAAUUCCCUCCAACUCAACGGAGCUGCCGGAGAGGCGACGUCCGCUGCGGCCGCAGGUGAUGCUGCACAGACACACAGCGACCCUGCAAACUUCAGAGAGGAUUUACAAACUGUACUGACACUGUGCCUGCUGCUGACAGCCGAGCCCCCUGCCUCGGCCGAUGUUCACAUCAAUGAUAAGAUCAAUUAUCCGGACGGUUCGGCUCGAGUCUUAAUUAGUGAUGAGCAUCUUCAUUAUAGCAACAGCUGAGAAAAUGCACAGGACAAAUAACAGAGACGUGGAAGAGCAGAAUACCUGCGCCCUGUGAGUUGUUCGGCUUCUCUGAAGAUCCUCUGUCAUAAACUCCCGUCAGCUGGACAUACAAAUACCUCCUCUGCCCCAUCACACAUCCUGUAGCCAGCAUGCCCAUCAUCAGCAAUGCCAACCACGACUUCAGCACCUACUCCAUCAGCAGUGACGACAGCAGCCUCGACCGCUUUUUCACUGAGAUCCCGGAGACUGAGACCGUCAAGGGUGUUUACUUCCAGCGAGCGCAGCUGCUUCGUGACCCCAAGGCCUCGUAUGUGGUCGACCACACCCUGCAGGUUCUCAUUAAUGUCGGGGGCAACCGCUACACCUUCCCCUGGAGCACCUUGGAGCAGUUUCCCCAGAGUCGACUGGGACGCCUUCGUUUCUGCACCACCCCUGAGGAGAUUGCGCGACUCUGCGAUGACUACGACGAGACGUGCCAGGAGUACUUCUUUGACCGAAACCCGACGGCCUUCAGAGUCAUCCUCAACUUCCUGGCCGCAGGCAAACUGCGUCUCCUUCGGGAACUGUGUGCCGUGUCACUGCAUGAUGAGCUCGACUACUGGGGCGUGGACCCAGGUCAUAUGGAGCGUUGUUGCCGUCGCCGCAUGAUCACACGCGUAGAAGAGGUGGCGGAAAGAGAGCGUAAGGAAGAGGAGUGGAGGCAGAAGAGGGUGAUGCUGAAGAAAACCCCCCCAGAGGCCGAGCAGGGCUAUCGCCGGCUCUUCUGGAUGCUGAGAGAAGUGGUGGAAAACCCUCACUCGGGACUGGCUGGGAAGAUGUUCGCCUGCCUCUCUGUCAUCAUGGUGAUGGUCACUGUCAUCAGUCUGUGCAUCAGCACCAUGCCGGAUCUCAGAGAUGAAGAGACCAGGGGCGAGUGCUCCCAGAAGUGCCACAGCAUGUUUGUGGUGGAGUCCAUCUGCGUCGCCUGGUUCACGCUGGAGUUUUUGCUGCGAUUUGUCAACGCUCAGAGCAAGCUGGCCUUCGCUCGCGGCCCCCUCAACAUCAUCGACGCCAUCGCCAUCCUGCCGUACUACGUGUCCCUGGUCGUCGACGUCAGAGACGAUACAAAGGAGGAAGUCAUCAUGGGUGCCGGCAGAGGCUAUCUGGAUAAACUGAGUCUGAUCCUGCGCCUGCUACGGGCUCUGCGCAUCCUGUACGUGAUGCGUCUGGCUCGCCACUCUCUGGGCCUGCAGACGCUGGGACUGACCAUGCAGCGCAGCAUGAGGGAGUUCGGCCUGCUGCUGUUGUUCGUCUGCGUGGCCGUGACCCUCUUCUCACCUCUGGUCCAUUUGGCGGAGAGCGAACUGGCGCCGUUUGCCGCCACACACCCCCACCACAGCUUCAGCAGCAUCCCAGCUUCUUACUGGUGGGCCAUCAUCUCUAUGACCACGGUGGGCUAUGGCGACAUGGUGCCGCGCAGCAUCCCCGGACAGAUAGUGGCACUGACCAGCAUCCUGAGUGGCAUCCUCAUCAUGGCGUUUCCCGCCACCUCCAUCUUCCACACCUUCUCCCGCUCCUACCAAGAGCUUAAACAGGAGUACGAGCGGCUGUGGAAGGAGGAGAGAGGCGAGGAAAUAGCCGCUGAGUCGGAGGAGAGUUGGUCCAAGGUCAAUUUGGCACCAGAUGAGCUCACGUCUAUGUCCAAGGAAGAGAAUGAGGCGCUGAUGUCAAGCAAGAGUCAUCAAUCCACACUUCCAUCUACAGCUUUCUGAAGGAGCGGGCAGCGAGCAGACACAUUUAUUCAGAAAUAUGUUAAAAAUGGUGACACUCGACGGCGUACUCUCUCCGUAUAAGUACUUUUAGACUCCGAAGGACUGUUAUAUUUUGAACUGUGUAUCUCACUUAAAGUUUUAUGUCUCUCCGUGUUCUGGAUUCAUCUACUUAUCAGAUUGUAUCAAGCCUUUCUUCAUAUCUGCCAAUACCUUGUACGCAGCACUAUGUACUAAACCGUUAACUCCAGCUGAUCUGAAAGUUGAAUUCUCCUCACUUUUUGUGUAAGGAGAUGUAAACUACAGUCUCGCUGCUUGUGGAGAAGCUGCUGCUGAGGCUUUUUCAACAUGUUCACGUAUCGUUAGCUGUCAACCGUUGUGAUUUAAGGCGUCUUCCCUUUACGGCAGUCAACAUUUGGAGAAGCUUGUUAGCCUACCUUGCUAACGUUAGUGCUGAUUCCCAUCAGACCUUAGUUUUUGUGCGACACCUGUUGGGUUGUGGCAGCUCCUGCGAUAUAGGAAAAUAGUGGUUCUAGCUGCUGUUAGCCGUCUCUCAUUUGUAGAUCCAGUUUGGUUGUACGGGAGUUUAUUGAUGACAAACAAUUUGAGAGAGCACAAUGAUAAUUUGAGCGCUGCUCAGUCUGCAAGUCGACUUUUGAGAGAGGGUUUCUCAUGCUUGUGCUCAUUUUUCAGAGAGCUUGAUCGCACCCUCUGAAAUCUAAUGAGCCUGUUAUGGACCUGUUUCAAUAACUGUGACCUGAUUUUGACUCCACGGGGGAUUUAAAGAAAACUGGUGUUCAAAUAAUAAUUGUAAUAAUGAUAAUGAUAAUGAUAAUGAUAAUGAAAUUAUUAUGGCCUGUGGCUUCAUUCAGAAAGGAAACAGAAUAGGUGUGACACAAACCUGACAGACGGACUAAAUUAGGGGAUUUACAAUUUAAUAAUUGAAAUUGCAGGCUAAACAUUAAGACAUGCAGGCAAAAAAAUAUGUAAAUAGUCUAAGCAGUGAUAUCCAUGCAUCAUCUUUUCCCUGUGCGGACACUGAAGAAGCCACGACCCUGGCGUCCAGAUGUGGGAUGUGGCGACCUCUUUGACGGCCCAGAGGUCAAAACAGCUGGAGAAAACCGAGCGAGCAGGUGGAAUCUGAUUCUGCUCAGACAAAUCCAAAGUCAAAAGUCGACUUCUAGACUGAAGAGCACAUUUUUUUGUGCUCUCUAAAAUCUUUUCCAUAAAUCACAGCAAAUAGUCAGACGGUUAAAACUGCCAGCAACAGUUAUAGUCCCGUGACCUCAGCGCUUCGCACGAUGAAACACAACAACACAACGAGUGCUCAAAUCACAGCGAAACAACAGGUGCAGUAACAACGUUGGAUCCCCAGCCCCCGUUUUUGCUGUUGUAAGUGGAAUAAUAAAUCAUUUUCAGCACCCGCCAUCACGGAUGUUGCACCAGUCAAAUUACAGUAGUCAGUCAUUGUCAGUAACAAGAACUCAUGCAGUGAUGUCACCGCAGAUAGAGAAAUAAAAAUCAAAUCUCUUCUUUUACCAAAAAAAAAGCACGCAAGUGAGAUCACACACCGAGGAGUCAUAUAUUGAUUUCUUCACAGCACAAGUCAGUUUCAUGUCUCUGCAAGUCCAUUUGUCAGUGGAAAGCGACGACCCUGCGUCCUACAAAUUAUGUUCAUGUGCAACUAAUGUGCAGCAGCAAAUAGGUUUUUGUAGGAAAUGUAACAGCAGCUGGAUUACUGAGAGACAGGGUUAGUCUGGAAGGUAAGAAAGUAAUUUGUGUCUGAAACCACUCCCUCGUUCGCUCAUUGAUUUCUGCCUGUAUAACAGAAGCUCAGCAGUUUGGAGAUUUGGAUUUUUGGACACAUACUCAUAUUUCUGAGGGCACUUUAUAUCGUAUAGAAAUUUACACAGAAUUCGGACACUAUAAUAAAAUGGCGGAGGGGAAAUGAGGAGCAUUAUGUAACAGACAGUGGGUGAUUUCAGACACAGCAUUACAGUAUGAACAUCAGCAGUGUUUCCGGAUGAAUCUCUUCCUCCACUCAGACGUCUCAGUGCUCUGUCUCCCUGUCUGUUGACCCCACAGGCGUUUUCAAAAUAAAAUUAUCUCUUUUA